AUGAUAGCAGCUGAGGUAGCGCUUUCUUCCAUACCUUCUCUCAAAUUGUGCCCUGUUACUGUGUUACUUGUGUUUGUGACAUCUAUGCCCACGUACGCCCUUUAUAUUAAUGUGAGAAGCUUAUGGAUUUUUUUUUGUUUUAUUCAACAGCAACAACAAAACCCUAGUAUAAGCGUUUGGUUUUCCAGUUUCUUUGAGACCUUUAUUUUGAUUGAACGCGCACAUAAUUUUUUAGAGUACAUCUACAUAUCUAUCUACGCACGACUUCAUGAGCGCAUGGCAGUAAUGAGGUGUAUCUUGCGAAUUCAUGUUACCGAUGGAAUUAGCACGCGCUGCUUAGCGUAUCGGGCUUCAUUUCUCUGCGUAAAGAGGGCUCAUUCCAACUUCAGAACUGGACAAGAAGAUCAGUACACAACGAAACGGUCGGAAGACGAAAGCUUCGGUGAAGGGGAUUCUCAUUACCCUUCAAAAGAUCGUACAACUACUUCUCCCACUUCAUCUCAGGGCUCUUCAGAUACUCAUGAACACACCGCUGCCUCAUCUGCUGAGGAGAAACUUUCAUCUGCCAGUCGUGGUGCGAGGGAUGACAUCAGUCACCAGGAGCUGGAACCCAUGCGUUGGCCACAAGAGGCCCCCGGCUCCCCAGCGCUUACGGAACCCAUCAUUGACGAGAAGGGACAGUUUAUUGUUUCACGCAUACAGUGGCCUACAGGUGAGUUGGCGUAUGCAACACCGCCUCCACCUGACACGCGGGUUGCCCCUCGUUUUGGGUAUAAUGUCGUACAGGUAAAGAAGCAUGUGUCGUGGUGGAAGCACUACCAGCAGCACCCCCGCAUAUCUGUUGCGUACAUUAAUAUUCAACUUCUCUUCCUCCUUGGAGCCGCAUGGUUAAUGGCAUUUCUCGUGGAGGAGUACCGACGUGUCACCGAUGAAUUGCGGACGCCGGGAGCAAUGGUCGGGGAGCACAGGGGCAGGGGCCCGGUUGAAAAGGGAAAGCAGAAAAUAUCCUUCACAAAUGACGAAAUGACAUCACUAAUUGGCCGUGCGCAGGACAACUGGAUGGACGCUCGGGCGGAGGCAAACUACAUUGGAUCAAAAGAUUACACAAUGAAGAAGAUACCGCGACCGAAAGAGUUUUCAGUUGAUGACUUCCGUAAGCGCUAA